AUGUCUGAUAGAUCUUCGUGCGAGUACAGCGAAAGGGCUGGUGAAGCUAAGGGGAACAAUAAUGUGUCUAUGAAGAGUCUGCUGUUGUUACUUUCGAUCAGCCUUGUCUAUUUCGUCCAAGUUGCCAAUGUCGUUGGAUCUGGGGCCUUGACCAGAGACAUCUCCGCCGUUGUUGGUGGUUCCAAUGACUCAGUCUGGUACAGUGAAGUCAUCGCAAUCUUGACAGCUCUUCUCGGCAUCCCUGCUUCGCAAGCCGCCGAUCUCUGGGGUCGUAAAAGGAUACUCAUUUUCUUAACGAGCUGCGGCUUUACCGGCUCUCUCAUUAUCGCUAAAGCUUCAUCUUCCGGCACGGUCAUCGCUGGCUUCGCGGUAUCAGGCAUUUCGUUUGGUGCACAACCGCUCCUUCACGCCAUUUCCUCCGAGGUCGUCGCUCGCAAGUAUCGUCCUUGGGCACAGGGAAGUAUCAAUGUUGCUGCUUCCUUGGGAGCAAUUGUCGGUCUUUUGAUCGGCGGGGUGUUGACUAGACAUGAGCACCACGAUGGCUUCCGAGCUUACUGGUACAUGGUCGCUGGCAUAUAUGUAGUCGCGACAGUCGCAUGCCAAUUGUUCUAUAACCCGCCCUCGAGAGCCUUAGAAAUCGUCCUCAGCGUAGCAGAGAAAAUGCGUUACUUGGACUGGGUUGGGUACGGCUUCUUGACUCCUGCGCUCGUCCUUUUUUGCAUGUCUCUGGCUUGGAGCGGGAACCUAUAUUCAUGGACUGAUGCCCAUGUGCUGGCCACUUUCCUCAUCGGCGUACUUUCGGGAGUUACCCUUAUCGUAUAUGAGACAUUGAUCAAAAAGAACGGCAUGUUUCAUCAUCGUCUCUUUCGCGAUCGAAACUUUGCACUCGCUUUGGGUUGCAUCUUUGCUGAGGGCAUGGCAUUCCACUGUGGCAACAACUAUUUCGCCUUUGAAGUCAGUGUCCUCUUCGCAACUGAUAAUCUUGUCAUCGGCGCCCAGUACAGUAUGGCCUUCAUCGCUCUGGGCAUCUCUGCCAUCGUGAGUGGUAUAUGGUGUUCUAUGAGUAAGGCUUUACGUUUCCCCAUUAUACUGGCCUUUGGCUUCAAAAUCCUGUUCAUGGUCUUGAUGGCUACUGUCUCCAAGUCGACACCUCAAGCCCUCAUCUGGAUAUACCCCAUAACUCUCGGUCUCGGACUGGGUGUUUGCAUGCCAGCGCUGAUUACAGUAGCUCAUUUUGCAACACCUCGAGACUUGAUCGCGAUUACAUCUGGUCUUAUGAUAUCUAUCAGAAGCUUGGGGGGGUCUAUUGGUUUGGCUAUCUUCAACGCCAUCUUCUCUAAUGGGUUUUCAUCCAACUUGGGGCCUAAGAUAUCUCAUGCCGUCUUGCCACUUGGCUUCCCCGAAAGGGAGUUGCCUCAACUCAUACCAGCCCUUGCCCAUAACGAUACAGUGGCUCUCAAGCAUAUCAACGGCAUUUCUCCAGAAAUAAUUCGCGCUGGCGCUGAUGGUCUUCUGGAAGCUUACCGCGUAAGCUUUCGUGCUGUCUGGCUGACCACUGCGAGUUUAUGUCUCGUCGCCAGCAUCGCCGCUUUCUUUCUACGCGAUCCUAGAGAGAAGUUUACUUCCCAGAUCGACGCUCCCAUUACACCGGAUACAGAGGUUGUAGAGACUGAGAAGAGGACGAAGAGUCCAGGGGAUUCUGCUUAG